CUCUAACAGUCGGUCAGGACACAGUGGUUUUAUCUGGACAGACUCUCAGUUACUCGCAGAUAUAAAGAUUGAGAUCGAAUAGAAGAAAAUGAAGACCCUCAUUCUCAUGUUCCUCCUGGGAAUAGGCGGAGUGACGGCAGUGCCUCACUCUCUGAAGUAUUUCUACACUGCAUCUUCUGGAAUCCCCAGCUUCCCAGAAUAUGUGUCUGUUGGUUUGGUUGACGAUGUUCAGAUUAGUCACUGUGACAGCAUCACCAACAGAAACGUACCCAAACAGGAUUGGAUGAAAGAAGCCAAAGCAGAGGAUCCACAGUACUGGAAGAGGAACACUGAAGUCUGUGUGGGUAACCAGCAGUCCUUCAAAGCCAACAUUGAAAUAGCAAAGCAGCGCUUCAACCAAACUGGAGGUGUUCACGUUUUCCAGAACAUGUAUGGCUGUGAAUGGGAUGAUGAGACAGACAAGGUUAAUGGAUAUGAUCAGUAUGGUUAUGAUGGAGAAGACUUCAUAUCAUUGGACCUGAAGACAGAGACCUGGAUUGCUCCAAACCAACAGGCUGUCAUCACCAAGCACAAGUGGGACAAUAACAAAGCUUGGAUUGCACAGGAUAAGAACUACCUCACCCAGGAGUGCCGUGAUUGGGUGAAGAAGUAUGUGAACUAUGCGAGGAGCUCUCUGAUGAGAAAAGAUCUUCCAUCAGUGUCUCUCCUCCAGAAGACUCCCUCCUCUCAGGUCACCUGCCACGCUACAGGUUUCUACCCUGACAGAGCCGACUUGUUCUGGAGGAAAGAUGGAGAGGAGCUUCAUGAGGACGUGGACAAAGGAGAGAUCCUCCCCAACCAUGAUGGAACCUUCCAGAUGAGUGUUGACCUGAAGAUUUCAUCAAUCACUCCUGAAGACUGGAAGAAGUACGACUGUGUGUUUCAGCUGUCUGGUGUCAAAGACGACAUCAUCACCAAACUGAAGAAAUCAGUGAUCAAAACCAAUGAGGGGAAUUCUCUCACCAUGAUGAUCAUCCCCAUCGUUGCCGCUGUGGUUGUUCUUGCUGUCAUCGCUGUGGUUGGAUUCAUUGUUUACAAGAAGAAGAAUGACAAGCGUCCUCCAUCUCCUGUAGAGAACAAAGAGGUCCAGGAAGAAAUGCUUCCAAAAGCCUGAAUGACAAACAAAACCCUGCACACAGUUCAUGGAUAAAUUUUGCACUGAAACAAGGAGCAGUGUUCCACAUCCUCCUCCAUAAACUAGAAAUUCAUUGGAUGAUCUUCAUUAUUAUCAUAAACUGGUGGAAGAAGUGUUGGGGAUUGAGUUAGAAAUACUUUGUUUCAAAUUUAAAGGAAAUAAAAUUUACAAAAAGGAGUCAUCAAACAAAAUGAAGUUAAGUUGUUUGAGCAUUUAGUUCCUAAUUAAAAAAAUGGAAUUUCCUCUGAUAAAACAUGAAUAUUUGCAGGGAAUUAAAAUAUACUCAUUAUAUAAAAAUCACUGAAAGUAUCUCAGUGUUCUUCAUACAAUGAAUUAGAGAAUUGCCUCGUCAUCUGAAACACAUUUAUCAUAUUUACAGUUAAAUAGUUCUGGUUUUGGAGUUUUCCUGUAAAUCAGUUAAACAAUGAUCAAUAUUGAUAAUACUGAUGUAGAUAUACAUAUUUAGACACAGACACAUAUUACAUGCAGUUCCCUUUUCAUAGACGUAUCCUCUGAGGGUCUGGUGAUAUAAUGACAUAAACAUUAAGAUAAAAUGCUGCAAAUCAACCAGCAGCUUCCAGAAACAUGUAAAGUGCAGAGUUUCAACAUCGUGCAGUUGUCAGUGUAGCUGGUCUUUCUGUGUUCCUGCUGGAGAUAAAGUGAACCUCGUCUCUGGAUGCUGGGACUGACUCCAGUCCUCUCAGUGGACAAACAGGACAGGAAACUGAUGGAGGCAGUUUUUCAUCACUCUGGUGAUGAUCUGGAUUUAUCAGUAAUCUGUUACAAACACAUUUACAUCUGGUUCCUGCUACAUCAUUAAAAUAUGUCAAUGCAAUUUCAGAAUAAUAUAUAAGUAAAAUAAAAUUGACAUAUUCGAGGGAGCUGUACCAGUGUUUCCCAACCCUCUACACACAGACACAAGCAUCAGUUCAGAUUUUAGUUUCCAGUUGUGUAUAUACUGUGUGUAAAGAUCUUUCUUUGAUUCCAACCAGGCUUAAGAAGUUUUAAUAUGUCUUUGAAAUUAUUCUUGAGUGUUUUUGUUUCUUUUGCUAUAUCUAUUGUGUGAUCUUAAGUUUGAGAUUAUAUUUUAAUUAAGAUUCUUAAGGGUAGUGUGAUAGAUUCUGUUUCAGCACACUGGUAAAUGUUCUUGAAAAUAUUUCUUUCUAGUACUUAGAGACAAGAUAAUUUUUGUAAACUGAGAUUAUAUAGUGAUGCUUAAAUCAAUUCUUGGGUUUAUUAGAUAAUUAAGUUGUAUUGCUGUUUCAUUCCUUUUGUACUUUUGCUUCGCUCUUCAAUAAAGUCCUUAAUAAUCCAAAA